AUGUGUAUCGCAUUAAUCUCCACAGCUCACCCAUCUUAUCCGCUGAUCGUCAUCGACAACAGGGAUGAAUUCCUCCAUCGACCAACAGCCCCGGCCGACUGGUGGCCAGAACCUCAUACCAAUGUCUUAGGAGGCCGGGACCUUGCACGAUCCACGCAUGGGACAUGGAUGGGAGUGACUAAAGAAGGCAAGCUGGCUGUUUUGACCAACUACCGGGAGACCACAGCCGACGAGCAUAGCGGAGCACACAGUCGAGGUCUCAUCGUCAAUGGCUGGCUCACCACGGAUCCUGAGCGCAAACAGUCUACCAGAGACUUCGUGCAGGAGAUGGUGGCGUCGCCCGAGGCCAGAAAUGUUGGAGGCUUUAGCCUUGUCUGUGGCUAUAUAAAUGAGCCGUUAGCAAUCGUGUCGAAUCGUUCCGCUAGCAUGGACCAGAUUUCUUGGGUUGCCACAGAAAAGGGUCAGACUUUGGGACUCAGCAACACGAGGUUCGAGGACCGGUCCUGGCCAAAGAUCCUCGACGGGGAGAAGCUCAUGCAGGAGGCGAUUAACGCCCACGUGGAAGCUGGAGAAGAUGAGACGCAACUGAUUGAACGUCUACUGAAAGUCCUGAGUAGGGACACCCUACCCAGGCUUUCGGAAGAUGCUACGCUCGAGACCUACCUUGAACUCUUAAGAAAAAGUAUCUUUGUUCCUCAGAUCGGAGCACUAGCAGACAAGUCUCGUGCGACGGGGUCGGGUCAGGCGGCGAGUGGCCAACAGCCCAACAAUGAUUCCCUGGAUCAAUCAUUCGCGCAGGGCGCAUACGGAACCGAGAAGCAGACGGUAAUCCUCGUCAGUGAUAAUGGACGAGUGAAAUACUUUGAGCGUACACUCUAUGAUACGGACGUGAACCCCAUCCCUAUCGGUCAAGGCGACAGGUCAUUUGAAUUUCAUGUCGGCCGAUAG